AUGUCGGCUGUCGCCGUCACCGACACCCUCGACUGGAAGCUCCACGGCUUUGACCUGCUGUCUGAGGCGGCCUGCCAGGGGGACUUUGCGCUGCAGCACGCGGCCUGGAUGGUGGGGCCGCACUACAAGGCGGCAGAGGUGGCCAAGGCGGACUGGGCGGCGGUGGCGCAGGGGCCGCCGUGGGCGGUGGACUCGUGGGGGCUCGGGUGCAUGAUGCAGGAGGUGUUCAGCGGCGAGCCCCUGCGCGCGGUGGAGCAGCUGCGCCGCACCGAGGUCAUCCCGCCGGCGCUGCUGGGGGACUACCAGAAGCUGCUCAACUCCAACCCGGCGCGGCGGCUCAACCCCAGCCAGGCGGGCGGGCUUCCGAUGGGCUUGUCGGGACCCUAUGGCGGCUGGCCGCUACGCCAUGCCGCCUGUGUCAAGGACGGCGCCGAGAAGGACGCCUUCUUCAAGCGCCUGCCGACCCUCCUCCCCGCCGUCCCCGAGGCCGUCGCGGCCCGCAAGGUGCUGCCCCUGCUCUCCCGCGCCCUCGAGUUUGGCGGCGCCCCGCCCAGCGCGGUGGGCUCCCUGCUGCAGAUCGGGCGGCCGCUGCCGCAGGACGAGUUCCAGAAGCGCGUCGUGCCCAGCCUGGCGAAGCUGUUUGCGUCGACGGACAGGAGCCUGAGGCGCAACCUGCUUGAGUCUGUGGACGUGUGGGGGCCGCACCUGACCACGCCCAUCGUGGAGGAGCAGAUCUUCCCGCACCUCCAAACGGGGUUCAAUGAUGACAACGCAUACAUCAGGGAGCUCACCCUCAAGGCCACACUGGCCAUAGCGCCAAAGCUCAAGCAGGCCACGCUCACGGCGGCAGUGUACGCCGGCCCUGCCUGA